GCGCGCGGACGUAGAGAUAGCGUUCGAAGUUCAAAAAGUUUUUUUUAAAAUGUCGGUGUCGUACGCGGUUUCCCGCGUUUUGAGGCGCGCGUCCCCGUUCCUUUUUCAAAAAAGAUUCGAAUCGACGGUGGCCAGUUUGACGAAAGACGAAAUUUUAAUAUUGUUAAGACCUCCUUUCACGAAUUGGAGUAAUAUUAUAAGGGAUGCGGAAAAGGUGGUUGGAUAUCCGACCUCUUUUAUGAAUUUGAGAUGUCUUUUGAGCGACGAGUUCGCGAAUAUGGCACUUUAUUUGAGGAAAUUGGUUGGCAGCAACCACCUUGUUAUGCAGACAGCCAAAAACAUCCUCUAUGGUGACUCCAAAAACCUUCAACCAUGGGGCCUCAUCAUCCUACUGCUAGCGAAAUCCGUGAAAACCAACGCCGCAGCACCACAGAUUAAAAAGAUAGAAGAACAACAGAGAAUACUUGCUGAAUUGACAGAAAUGAUUCGGACAGGACAUUUGAUACAUAAAGGCAUAGUAAAUGUUCCAUUUGCAAAACGAUCAAAAGACACUGAAUCAGCCAUAUUUGGCAAUAAAAUAGCAAUACUACUUGGAGACUAUCUAUUAGUUACUGCAAACGCGAUGCUUGCUGGUUUGAGGAACUCAGAUGUGUCUUAUAUAAUAUCGACUGCGCUCAAAGAUUUAUCUGAAGGCGAAUUUUUCGGCGAAAGAGACGAACAGAACAUGCCUCUGCCUGGUAAGCCUAAAAAAACUGUUGACGAUUUCAAAAUAACGUUUGAUACAAAUUCUAUAACUGUCGAAGAGGUGAUCGGGAAACCUAAAACGGAAUGGACAGCUCGGACUGUUUUCAACGGAGUAAGUCUUUUAGGAAGAGGUUGUCAAGCGUCUAUGGUUCUUAAUAAGCAAAGCAGAGAAAUGCAGAACCUUGCCUAUUAUUUCGGCUGCCACGUCGGCUUGGCCUGGCAAGCGGCGACGGAAUUGCAACAACUGACGUCAGAAACUAAAGAACAGUUUUGCCUAGCCAGCGCCCCGGUUUUGUUCGCUCUGGAAGGUAACCCAGAUCUUUAUAAGAUCAUAGACCAGGCCAAGAAUGAUGUUAAAGAUGUUGAUUAUGAAGAUUUGAAGUUUAAUAUAUUGAAAACUGAUGCGGUAGAUAGAACUAAGAAAUUGUAUGAAGAUCAUGCGAAGAAAGCUACAGCGUAUAUUGAUAGCGUCGGAGAUAACGAAUCAAUUGAUAUGAUCAAGAAGUUGAUUAAUACAUUUUAAUUUUAUCUACAUGGUUAUGAUAAAAACCGGGUGAAGUUUUAAACUCCAGUCAAUUUUUUUAGCAAAUUAAAGUAGUAGGUAAUAUAUUUUGCGAUCCCGUACCAAUUAUAUGAUCGCGUAUUAUACCACUAAUUCUGGAAGUUCGGAUUAAAAAUUUCUUUUGGAUGUCUUUGUGUCAAAAGUUAGUACCUAUGAAAAUUUUAAUAUAAUUUUGAAUUUAUUAUAAAAUAUUCACUUGAAUAU